AUGCGAGACAUCAUCAGAGAAGCGCCCAUCGGUCAGCUUCUUCGCCUGAUUAUGCGAAACAGAAUUCUUCAAUACCCGGAAGAGGAAGAGGGCUUUAAGCUACCUAGUGAAUAUAUCGCCCAGCUGAAUUCAAGCGAGAAACAUAAUGGGUAUCGAAAUUUGGACGGAGUACUGUCUGAAUCUAGCGAAGGGAUAGACUCUGAAAACUCCAGAUCAGUUGGUCAUGAGGGCGAUGAUGUAGAGCAUCUCGGACGAACAAGAACGACCACCAGUGUUCAUACCACCCCAUACAGUAAUGAGCGACUGGAGGCUGAAAGAGAACUCGCACUGCAACGUACCAAGUCUAUUGUGAUCAGUCCUCAGAAGACUGCAGAUGGCAUUGUUCUUGUCGAUUGGUAUACCACAGAUGACCCAGCCAAUCCUCAGAAUUGGUCAACACUCAAACGCUACUUCGUCCUGUUUGUUCUCUGCUUUUACACAUGGACCGUGUACUGCGCUGGGCCCAUUUAUGCUACCGCUGAAGAGGGAAUACAGCAUGCGUUUCAUGUUAGUCCUGUCGCUUCUAGCCUCGGUCUUGGUCUCCACAUCCUCGCCUAUGGCAUAGGCGACCUCCUUUUCUCGCCUUUAUCUGAAAUCCCCAGCAUCGGACGGAAUCAUAUUUACUACUUGACGUAUAUUGUUUACUGGGUUUUAUCAUUCCCAGAAGCGGUUGUUGAUAGCUUUGGUGGGCUUUUGGCCCUGCGAUUUUGGCUUGGCUUUUUCGGCAGCCCAGCCCUGGCCAAUGGCGGUGCCACGGUCGGAGACAUGUUCUCUCUCAUGUACAUUCCCUUUGGCCUUUCUUGGUGGGUAUUCUCUGCGUGGGCUGGCCCUACAAUUGGACCAGUGAUUGGAGGUUUCGCAGCACAAGCCAAAGGUUGGAGAUGGCCUAUGUGGGAAAUUGUGUGGAUGUCUUCUCUUGCCCUUGUUUUCCUGCUGCUUUUCAUGCCCGAGACCUCGGCGCCCACCAUUUUGUUGAGACGUGCACGCCGACUCCGCAAGCUGACCGGCGAUUCGAGACUUUAG